AUGGCAGCCGCAUCGAGAGCGAGCUGCGGUCCCUCCAACCUCGCCGUCCUGUGCAGCAUCUAUUGUCUUUGGACGCUUACCAUCCAUGUCCCUCGCGCUGGCUCAGUGUCCUUCAACCUCACCUUCUCCAAGCCCCAGAGCCCACACCUCUCCCAGCUGAUAAACUGCACCGGCGACGCAUACUUCUCUCCAAACACCCUCGAGCUGACGCGGAACCAGUAUGGCCAAAACAGCACAUACAGCGUCGGCCGGGCGACGAACCUCACGUCCGGUUACGAGAUGGUGGCGACGGUGACGUACGAGAAUGUCACCAGGUUGCUGGCCGUCCAGCUCACGAUCAACGACACGUCGUACCACGUCAACACGACUGUCGAUCUCAAGAGGUACCUGCCGGAGCGUGUCGCCGUUGGCUUCUCCGCGGCGACCGGCGCCGACGGAAGCACCAGCACCGGCACCGGCACCGCCUGCUCGAUCAGAAGGAACACUGAUAAUCGCCGUGCUAGUGCCUCUGCUGUUUCUCUUGGCGUGUGCGGCAGCCGCCGCGCUAGUAUGGCAGAAACGCAGGAGAAGAAGAAGUGGGUGUGGGGUCUGUAUGGCCGCAACGCGAUCCUUGACGCGGUGGACGAGCGGCUAAGGUCCGGCGACGAGCUCCACGACGAGUGCAUGGAGAGGGUGCUCGUCGUCGGGCUGUGGUGCGCGCACCCUGACCAGAGCGAGCGGCCGUCCAUCGCGCAGGCCAUGCACGUCCUGCAGUCGGAGGACGCCAGGCUUCCGGCGCUCCCGCCGCAGAUGUACAAGACGGCGUCGGACCUCGCCGUCACUGGACGUGCCUACGGCGCUUUGUCCGUUGAAAGCUACAGCGGUGGUGACUCCUCUACGACAACAACGACGACGACAACCACCGGCGACUCGAAUGUUUCUUCAGGCUCGUCGACCACGGCCUUGCUCCGGGAUUCAAAAGAGAGAGCUUGA